GGCACAGUCAUUUCAUCAGGUCGGAACAGUGUCUCUAGACAUGCGACUGUUUGUGUUGACACUUUGUCUUUUGGCUUGUCUCUCUGUGAAGGCUUUGUCACCCAGCGGCCAGAAUGUUUGUAGACACACCAGAAUCGAGAGGUACACGGCCAGGGUGAGCUAUUAUGCAAGUUGCGGAUGGUGGAGUAGAUGUACACGUUACAGGUACGUAGUUCGUACCAGAACAGCCGUGGACUAUAGUUGUUGCUCAGGAUGGAACAGUGCUGACAACAUUCAUUGUAAAAGAGCGAUGUGUACUGGAUCCGCCCCAGGAACUUGUCCAAACGGAGGUGUUUGCGUCCGGCCCACAGUUUGCUCAUGCAGGAGGGGAUUUGGCCAGCCUAAAUGUGUAGAUAUCAAUGAAUGCUCACUAAACACAGAUGGCUGUCAGCAGGUUUGCGUGAAUACCGUCGGGUCGUUCAGAUGCAGCUGUAGAGCAGGUUAUGGACUUUUGGCUGAUAGGAAGAACUGCAAGCCGGUGUGCAACGGCCUUACCCCGGGUAUAUGUGCCAAUGGGGGAACGUGUGUACGACCUGGCGUUUGUCAAUGUCGGACAGGAUACGCUCUGCCUCGAUGUGACGAUGUAAAUGAGUGCCAAAUAAAAAAUGGUGGAUGCAGCCAAACAUGCCAGAACCUCCGAGGAUCUUACCGUUGCGGAUGUAGGAGUGGCUACGCGUUGCUAAGCGAUGGGAAAUCGUGUAAACCACAUUGUCACGGCGCUCCGAUUGGAACCUGUCAAAAUGGUGGAACCUGUGUUCAGCCCGACGUUUGCACGUGCCCAGUUGGUUUUGCAGCCCCCAGAUGUGAUGAUAUAAACGAGUGUCUCCAAAACAAUGGCGGAUGCUCGGGCACUUGUACGAACACAGAGGGAUCCUUCACAUGCAGCUGUGGCCAUGGUUACCAGCUUGCUGCGGACAUGCGCACCUGUAAAGCAAUCUGCCAGGGACUUCCAGCGGGCACAUGUCGCAAUGGUGGUACUUGUGUUCAGCCAGAUGUGUGUGAAUGUCCGGGUGGAUUCUCUGCGCCCGCGUGCAAUGAUACCAAUGAAUGUCUUUCCGGUAAUGGCGGAUGUGACCACCAGUGUGAGAAUACAGAGGGCUCCUUCCGGUGCAGAUGUUCCUCUGGAUACCUGUUGGCUGAGGAUGGAAAGGCGUGCGCCGAUAUUGAUGAAUGCGUAGAGGGUACUUCCGGCUGCAGCAAUUUUUGUGUCAAUGAUCCCGGGAGUUUCCACUGCAGUUGCCCUCUGGGAUACCAGCUUGGAGUAGAUGCGCGUCAGUGCCAAGACUUAGACGAAUGCCAGGCAAAUAACGGUGACUGUACUCAGACGUGUUCCAACACUGAGGGUUCUUUCGCGUGCUCUUGUCGAGAUGGUUUUGUCCUCGAUAAGGACAAGAAAACGUGCAGAGAUACCAAUGAAUGUCUUUCCGGUAAUGGCGGAUGUGACCACCAGUGUGAGAAUACAGAGGGUUCCUUCCGGUGCAGAUGUUCCUCUGGAUACCUGUUGGCUGAGGAUGGAAAGGCGUGCGCCGAUAUUGAUGAAUGCGUAGAGGGUACUUCCGGCUGCAGCAAAUUUUGUGUCAAUGAUCCCGGGAGUUUCCACUGCAGUUGCCCUCUGGGAUACCAGCUUGGAGUAGAUGCGCGUCAGUGCCAAGACUUGGACGAAUGCCAGGCAAAUAACGGUGACUGUACUCAGACGUGUUCCAACACUGAGGGUUCUUUCGCGUGCUCUUGUCGAGAUGGUUUUGUCCUCGAUAAGGACAAGAAAACGUGCAGAGAUACCAAUGAAUGUCUUUCCGGUAAUGGCGGAUGUGACCACCAGUGUGAGAAUACAGAGGGCUCCUUCCGGUGCAGAUGUUCCUCUGGAUACCUGUUGGCUGAGGAUGGAAAGGCGUGCGCCGAUAUUGAUGAAUGCGUAGAGGGUACUUCCGGCUGCAGCAAUUUUUGUGUCAAUGAUCCCGGGAGUUUCCACUGCAGUUGCCCUCUGGGAUACCAGCUUGGAGUAGAUGCGCGUCAGUGUCAAGACUUGGACGAAUGCCAGGCUAAUAACGGUGGCUGUACUCAGACGUGUUCCAACACUGAGGGUUCUUUCGCGUGCUCUUGUCGAGAUGGUUUUGUCCUCGAUAAGUACAAGAAAACGUGCAGAGUGAAUUUGAAUUUACGCAUUUCUAGAACCAUUCUCUUCGGCCCGGUGACAACUUUUAUUCUAAACUGGGAUUCUCCAACAGAAGCUGACGGGAUUGUCAGCCAGCUAGGGUACGUUGUGGAAAUUUCCAACUUAAUGUACAACCCAGCUAGUGUACAGAGGACGUUCUACCCGUCGUUUGGUAGCUUACUUCAAGCGAAGGAUGGCGAAACUACUGUAAGAGUGAGGGCAGUUCAGGAGAAUGGACUCAGUCCUGCGGCUGAGAUUGUCAUCCCUGCUGUCGGCGAAGAGAACACAGCCCCAUCAGAUCCCAUAUUUGCACCAGCGUAGGAUAAGGGAACGCAUAAAGAUGAUGCUUUAUCCAAAGCUCAGAGAUUCUCAUCAAUUUACAUUAAUGUAUUUCUUUUUAUGAAUUUUCUUCUAUUAACCGCUUUGUAUGCUUCAAUA